AUGGACGCAUUGAGGGGGUCUUCGCCAGCCAAGAACGGGGCGGGUUGCGAGUCACCCGAACAACUACUCGAUUCCUUCAAAGCCGCAGCAUUAUCCGUUACAAAGCUCUAUAAAACCUCGGUCGCCGCUCAGACAAAAGCCCGGGCCGAUGGAUACCAAGAUUGCUUGGAUGACCUCCUAGCCUUUCUCGAUAAAUCGAACAUUGGUGUCAGCGACGGCGAAGGGUGGUUAAUCCGGAAGUGGGCAACUGAGCGCCUGGACGGACGAGACAUAUCGCCCCAAACGGUGGAGAGCGAAGACGAAGUAGAAAAGCCCGAACCAGCAUCAUCGCCCGAAAUCCACCAUUCCGGUAACCAAACGCAUCUGUCCGCGAUGCGGAACGAACCCCACCUGCAACCAGAGUCCAUCCCCGCGUCUGCCCAUCAGUCAACCGUCAAUUCUCCUGCGGGGGAACAGCAAAUGAUUUCCGUUCCGACUCAGGACAGUUUCACCUUUCGGGCGUCACACCCAUAUCCUCAAGAACCAUACCUAAAUUUGGAGAACCUAGACCUCUCAGAUUCUACCCGGACGAAUGACGGCGCUAGCCCGGGAUCUUCCGCCGUCCCCAUCGCUCACCCGACUCGCUCGCGCACCAACAAGCGAGGUCCCAGGCCGAGGCCUACGAAUCACCUCGGAAAGGGAGCUGGUCAGAAGCGAACGAUCAACUUCGCCGAGCUAUUCAACGUGGGCGACAUACCAUUCGGAAAAGACAUGUUCGGAAGGGAAGGGAAGAGGAGUCGGCAUAAUUAA